AGGAGCCUCAAAAACCAACUAUAUAAUGCAGCAUAUUUUCAUUCAACUUUGUAACUACACACAACUUUGUAACAAACAACCAUAAUUAGAGCUUCACAUAAAAAAAAAAAAAAUAGCCCAAAAAUGGUCCAAGAAAAGAAAGUGAUCGACCAAGUUUCCGGUUGGCUGACACUCUUCGACGACGGCUCCGUCGACCGCACAUGGGCCGGCCCGCCGGAGGUCAAGUUCAUGACCGACGCCGUGCCGCCCCACCACCACUUCGUAGAGGGCGUCGCCACCGCCGACGUCGCCGCCUCCAAAAACCUCAAGCUCCGCAUAUACCUACCGGAGAAGCAAGAAACCGACGCCGAGAAGCUCCCCGUGCUCCUCCACUUCCACGGCGGCGGCUUCUGCAUCAGCGAGGCCAAUUGGUACAUGUACUACGCCGUCUACACGCGCCUCGCACGUGAGGCCCGGGCCAUCGUGGUGUCGCCCUACCUCCGCCUCGCCCCCGAUCACCACCUCCCCGCCGCCAUCGACGACGGCCUCGCCGCCCUCCGGUGGCUCUCCGCCGGCGCCGGCGGGGAGCCCUGGCUGCACGAGCACGCGGACAUGGGCCGCGUGUUUCUAAUUGGCGACAGCUCCGGCGGCAACAUCGUCCACCAGGUGGCGGCGAUGGCCGGUGGGGAGGGGCUGCGUGUCGCCGGCGCCAUCCCGGUGCACCCGGGGUUCUGCCGGCAGCGGCGGAGCAGGUCGGAGGUGGAGAAUCCGGAGACGCCGUUCCUGACGCUGGACAUGAUGGAUAAGUUCCUGGCGCUGGCGCUGCCGGCGGGGGCGACGAAGGACCACCCGAUCACGUGUCCGAUGGGGGAGGCGGCGCCGCCGCUGGAGGGGAUGAAGCUGCCGCCGUACCUGUACUGCGUGGCGGAGCAGGAUCUGAUGUGGGAUACGGAGAUGGAGUUCUACGAGGCGAUGAAGAGGGCGAAGAAGGAGGUGGAGCUGGUCGUCAGCAGCGGCGUCGGCCAUAGCUUCUACCUUAACAAGAUCGCCGUUGACAUGGACCACACCACGGCCACCCAGACACACGAAUUGUUUCAACGAAUCAAACAGUUCAUCCACUACCAUUAUGUUUAGUUUCGAUCAAUAACUAUUACUAAUGUUUACAUUACCUAUGUAAUAUAUUAAAUUUUAAUAAUAAAUAAAUAGGGUUUUUUAUAAUCAUGAAUAAAUAAAGAAAUUUUCUCAAGCA